UGUGGGGUUUUUUUUCCCUUUCAAAUACACAAACUCAGGCUUUUAUUUUGCAAUAAAAGUAUCUGGAAAAAAAAACCAAAAACAACCACCACCAAAAAUCAAAACACCCGCCAGGGUUUCUGUGCGCUCAAGCAACACUGCCCAGCCAGUAAUUUUAUUUACUUCGAAGCUUUCAUUUUUGCGAUCGUACAGUCCCCGGGUGAACUUUGGUUUUAAGCCGUCCCCAAAAUGCGCGAUCCCCGCUCGAAGACCGGUAUAUUUUUUUAGCAGCUCGUUGUUAAGUCGCACUUAGAUUAAUUUUGGACGCGGCUGAAGUUUGUCCAACAUCCUCGCCCCUCCUCGGGUCCUUCAUGCCUAAAAGAUUGUCGCCCUUGCCCCCGGCUGCUUCCAGUGUUCGAAGGGUGACAAUGCUCCAGUAGUUUUCCCCGCUCCGUUCCCAGGCAUCGCUUUGCUUUCCUUCGGGGGAAGAUCGUUCUGCUCGUGAUCCUGCUGAGGAAAGAGACUCCGAUGGACUUACACCGGGCAGCGUUCAAGAUGGAGAACUCACCCUAUCUCCCCAACCCGCUGGCCUCCCCAGCACUGAUGGUUCUCGCCUCCACCGCUGAAGCCAGCCGCGACGCUUCCAUCCCCUGCCAGCAGCCGAGGCCUUUUGGAGUCCCCGUGUCAGCAGAUAAGGACGUGCAUAUUCCCUUUACCAAUGGCUCAUAUACUUUUGCCUCCAUGUACCACCGUCAAGGCGGGGUGCCGGGAGCGUUUGCGAACCGUGACUUUCCUCCGUCCUUGCUUCACCUCCACCCCCAGUUUGCACCCCCCAACCUGGACUGCACCCCGAUCAGUAUGUUGAACCACAGCGGCGUCGGGGCUUUCCGCCCCUUUGCAUCCACUGAAGACCGGGAGAGCUACCAGUCAGCCUUUACGCCAGCCAAGCGCCUCAAGAACUGCCACGACACUGACUCACCCCAUCUGCGCUUCUCGGACACUGAUGGGAAGGAGUACGAGUUUGGCACACAGCUCCCUUCCAGCUCCCCCGGCUCCCUCAAAGUUGAUGAUACGGGGAAGAAGAUCUUUGCAGUUUCUGGCCUCAUUUCUGACCGUGAGACUUCAUCCAGUCCCGAAGACCGAAGUGACAGAUAUAGAAGCGACAACCAAAGAGGGCCCCAGGCGUCUGCAACUGCCACUCAUCGUAUGAUUUUAACUCUCCCCCUCUGCAAAAAGAAAGCAACUUUGUUUGACAGCCAGGCUCCAAUCUGCCCCAUCUGCCAGGUCCUCCUUCGCCCUGGGGAGCUGCAGGAGCACAUGGAACAGGAGCUGGAGAAGCUCACCCAGCUGAACAUCAGCAAGAGCUCCAUCCUGAAGGAUGCCAUGGCAGCGGGCACUCCCAAGUCAAUUUUGUUGUCGGCCUCAAUCAAGCGGGAAGGAGAUUCUCCGACAGCGUCACCCCACUCCUCAGAUGACAUCCAUCACUCGGACAGAUACCAGACCUUCCUGCGGGUGCGAGCGAACCGGCAGACCCGGCUGAACGCUCGGAUUGGAAAAAUGAAACGGAGGAAGCAAGACGAAGGGCAGGUAUGUCCCCUCUGCAGCCGACCUCUGUCAGGAUCCGAGGAGGAGAUGAGUAGGCAUGUGGAACAAUGCCUUGCAAAGAGAGAAGGUUCAUGCAUGACUGAGGAUGACUCUGUGGACAUCGAGAACGAGAACGGGAACCGCUUUGAAGAGUACGAGUGGUGCGGGCAGAAGAGGAUACGGGCCACUACCCUCCUGGAGGGAGGAUUCCGAGGUUCUGGGUUUAUCAUGUGCAGUGGGAAGGAGAAUCCAGACAGUGACGCUGACCUGGAUGUGGAUGGAGACGACACACUUGAAUACGGGAAACCACAGUACACAGAGGCAGACGUUAUCCCUUGCACUGGAGAAGAGCCAGGUGAAGCCAAAGAAAGGGAGGCGCUCCGAGGUGCUGUUUUAAAUGGUGGCACACCCAGUACUCGAAUAACACCGGAGUUUUCUAAAUGGGCCAGCGACGCAGAAAUGCCCUCAACGAGUAAUGGUGAAAGCAGUAAACAGGAGACCAUGCAGAAGACCUGUAAGAACAGUGACAUUGAAAACCGUGCUGCCUGCAUAAUAGCAAACCUGGACACAAGGCUGUUUAAAAUUACAGAAGACUCUGCAGUGACAACAUUUGAAGCGUUAAAGGCUCGUGUCCGUGAGUUAGAAAGGCAGCUUUCCCGUGGGGACCGCUAUAAAUGUCUCAUUUGCAUGGACUCCUACACAAUGCCCCUGACUUCCAUUCAGUGCUGGCAUGUGCACUGUGAAGAAUGCUGGCUGCGGACUCUGGGUGCCAAGAAGCUCUGUCCCCAGUGCAACACCAUCACGUCUCCCGGAGACCUUCGGCGCAUCUACUUAUGAAGGACCCGGCGGUGGGGCGGGACCCAGCGACCGGCUCAGCUCAUCACACCCAGGGGGAGAAGAACGACCGCAACAAAAAAAAAAAAGACGUUUUAAAAUUUAAAGAGGAAAAAAAAAAAACAAACCAGAGACUCCAGACAUGGACUCGAGGAUACAGGAGCAGUGGGGAGCCUCGGCUGCCAGGUCCCGCAAGUUGAGACCUCCUUCAGCAUCUGCAGCGGGCAAAACCAAACCCUUUGUUGUGAAGCCCCCUUUUUUAAAACCAGUGUUCCCCAUCACCCGUUCCCUGGAGCUGGCUUUGCAUUGUGGAUGGCUCGUGAGCCGUCCUUUGGACUGUGUUGUUGACCACUCUGCCCCCAGGAGACUGGGGAAGGGACCCUUGACAGAAAGAUGUUAAAUAACCUGUAACUUGUGUUCUUUGUUCAGUUUUGUUUUUGUUUUGUUUUUAUUUGUUUUGGUUUGGUUUUUGGUUUGGUUCUGUUUUGGUUUUUUGUGGUGUUCUAGUGAUAACAAAAAGGUUUAAAGAAAAAAAAAAACACACCCAGACAGAAAUGAAGCACAUGUAAUAUAGAUUAUAUAUGUUUACAAUGUUGUGUAUAAAUGGGAUAGACUCAAACAUUACAUACUAAUAAGUUUCCCUUUCUUUUCUUUGGGUUGUAUUUUUUUUAAAGAAGAAAAAAAAAAUGAGCAGAGAACAUUAAACCCAUAUUUUUCUUGGUUCAGCAAAGUUUUGGCAUUAAAGUCAUUAGUUUAAAAAAAGUAUAUAUAUACAUAUAUAUAAUAUAAAUGGUUUAAUGUUCUGUGGUGUAUAUUUCCUCAUUCAGAUAUGAAGUUAACAGCUUUUAGUAAUGGCUGUAGCAUUGCCCAUAACUUACAGAACUUAUGGGGAGUAGAGGAGGUGGAUUUUUGUCAUUAGUUGUAGCUAAUGGGGCUAUUUAUAAUAGAAUCGUUAUCCCCGGAAAGACACAGCUUUUAACUCCUCACCGGGGGGCCAGGCAGGAUGGAGGAAUCUGGCUCAGCCCCUUUGCCUUUUCCAGCUGGGGAAGGGGCAAACGGUGUGGAGCUGGAAGGAGGGAGUCAGCUGGAGCCCUGCCUUCUCCUCGGGCUGGGAGUGCCGGCUCGAGGGGUCCGGCUGAUCCCCUCUGCCUCCUCCAAGGCUGUGGCACCUUCCCCUCCCCUGCCCGGCUUUGCUUUCCUCUCCUCUAGGCAGCAUUUGCUGGCUGAGGAUGCCUGGGCUGCUGAGGACGGUGGGGAGGUGGGGAUGGCAGGGGACAGGGUGGUCGUGCUGGUGGCUUUGCCCAGAGAGCUGGGCCAGUUCCCUCACGGGUGUGGCUGCAGCGGGCCCGGUGCUGCCCAGCAGAGCUGUGCAAACCCUGCAGAGCCAGCCCUGCCCUGCACCCACAUCCCGCAGCUCCCACCCUCCUACAGCCUGCAUUUUGCCCAAGAGGUUUUGGCACUAGGGCAGAGAGCUAAGCCAGCCCUGUCUCAUCCACACCACCACCCCCAGAGUGUCCAGCAGAGACAUUUCCAGCUGAAUCCAGAGGUCCCCCACAGCCCCAGCUUCUUCCACGCAGUCUCUCAUGCUUGUCCCUGUCUCCCAUAUCCUCAGCCUUAACCAAAGCUGCCAUCUGGCCUUUUUUUUUGUUUUUGUUUCUUUUAUUGUCAGGACCCAAGAAAGAGAGAACGAUCCAUUUCCCAAGACCUCGUGUGCUGAAUUCUCCCAGCUCCACACUGUGCAUCCCUGCCCUAGCUCCCCACAGCCAGAAGACAGGGAGAUGGGGAAGCUCAUCUCCCCUGCUCCUGCAGGGUCUUUCCAAGCAGAUCCCACCUGGCAGCAAAACAGUGGCUGGGGCAUUUUAAGACAGUCUGGGAACAACGAUGGAUGAGGGGUUUGGAACUGGGCCGCUGGGGUAUUUCCAGAGAGGGAAAGGCUGGGGGGGCAGGAUGUGUUCCCUGCCCUGAGCUUGGUGCUGUUUUGCAGAGAACAGCUGCUGGCCUUGGCAUCUCCUGAGUGUUUUCAGAAGGAUCCCACUGCAUCCAAAAAAAAAACCCCAAACCAAAUUGAAGGAGCUGUUAUUUGAUAAGCAUCUCAUCAAAAGGUGACAGUUCCUAAUUGGGAUUUUCCCGGGUCUCCAAGCUCAUAGCAGUGUGUGGCCUCUGAGACCAGAGAGCUGCAGGGACAUGUGCCUGCAGAGCUCCCAGGGACCAGAGGAAGCCGAGGGACCCUGGAGGGUCCUGACCCCAUGAGGAGACUGCAGGCAGGGCCUGCCCAGGGGGCUGUCACUGCUGGGUGACCCUGCACCCAGCAGCACUCGGGCAGGGGAAGGACAGGCACACACAGCUGGGGCUGGGUUUGUGAAGGGAGAAAAACCUGGGGGGGACAAUGGCUGAGCUGGGAGUGUGCUGGUGCCGACGUCUCAGAUUUGGACAGGGUGCAGCAGGUGGGUUUGAGAGACAGACAGGAAGGCAGGACAGGGCAGGACACCCCAAACCAGCCCUUCCUUGGAAACAGGCCCUGGGAGGGAGCCAGGAUUUCUGGCAGGUGUUGUGGACCAGCCGUGUGCUCUAUGUACGUAUGUGUAAAACCAUAUGGAACUAGUCAUUGUUUUUUGUUUUGGGGGUUAUUUUUUGUUUAUUUUUUUUUUUGUUUAAAUUGUAAAGCCAUCCCCUGUUUUCAAGGGGGGGAGCUGCUGGGGGAAGGCUGGGGAGAGUGGCACCCCGGUUUGUAACAGGCAUCCGCCACUUCCCCUCUUCUGUAAUGAGUUUAAAUGAUUUAAAAAAAAAAAAAAAAAAAAAAACAACUGAAAUAUCAGAGUUACCUAUCUUUGCCCAAAGAAUCCCAGUUGCACAAAGCGAUAUUCUGGUGUGUCGAUGAUUGUGUGUCAGUGUAUAUUAUACAAAGAGGUACUUGUCACUCCCGUUUGUAAACUACAUUUGACAUUAAUUAAACAAGUAUAAAUCUUC